AUGGCGCUCCGACGACCUCACCGGAAAUCACGUCACGGCUGUAUGGAGUGCAAGCGACGUCGAGUCAAGUGUGACGAGGCCCGCCCAACAUGUUCCAAUUGCGCUAAGCGUCAUUCUGAAUGUGAAUAUGGCUCAUCAAGCUCUCUACUCUGGGCGAAUGAGGAAACAUCAUCGCGCCAAUCAUUCCGCGCCUCUGGAUCCGACAGCGGCCAGCCCAGCGAUCCGGCAAUAGGCUCGCCAGGCUCCGAUUCGCUUGGCAUACUAGGUCGAUUCAGCAGCGAUAACUCGUCGCCGACCCCCGCGCUGAACAUCCACGACCUGGAGCUCAUGAUGCAAUGGUGCAACGAGACCUACCAUACACUCUCGCGCGGCCCAGAAACAGAUCGCAUCUGGCGCAAUGCGGUGCCAGAGGAAGCACUCACCCACCCAUUUUUAAUGCACGGCAUCCUAGCCCUCUCGUCUCUUCAUCUCGCGCGCACCGGCCCUGACCCAUCCCAGCGCGCGGCCUAUCUCAACCGCGCCGUUGCCCACCAGAAUCAAGCCCUCGCCCUCUUCCGGGAGCUCCUCUCCGACAUCCAAGAAUCCAACGCAAAAGCCAUGUUCGCCUUCUCCGGCAUUGUCGUGGUGUACACCUAUGGCUUUCCCCAUUCCCCAGACGUUCACGACCCCUGGUCCUGCAUAGACGACUUCCAUCAAGUCCUUGUCCUCACCCGCGGUAUUCAGCAGGUUAUCCGCGCCCCAACCUCUUCCCUAGGUUCAAGUUCUUUCGCGCCCAUCUUCUCCAUCGAAGAAGCCCGCGCUCCCCUUCCCGAAACCACAACCGCCGUCUUGCGCCACCUCCACGAAGCGAACGCUUCCUGCGGAGCCCGCGGCCAGGCUCAUGAGACCGAAAUCUACGCCGCAACCAUUGACGACCUGGGCGAGAUGCUCAGCUUCGUGUAUGCCGGCGGAACAGCCACCACGAUCGCGGGCCACUGGGCGAUCAGGCUGCCCGCACGGUUCAUGGAACUCCUGCGGGAGCGGGAGCCCUUUGCGCUUGUCAUGCUAGCGCAUUAUGGCGUGCUCCUGCAGCAUUUGAAGCAUCGGUGGUGUUUUGACGAGUGGAGCGUACGGGUUGCGAAAGCUGUGUGGGCGAUUCUGGAUGACCAGUGGAGACCGCUGGUUCAUUGGGCGAUGCGCGAGAUUCUGGGCGAGAAUUAUCGCGACCGCGUGGGUGCAUUCUCAUAG